UCUCUCACCAUCACCAUGCCUCAAACUCUCCUCCAACAAAAUCACAUCAUUCUUGUAAUUCUUCUAUUCUCACUUCUCAUCCAUGGAGAAACCCAUAAAUUUUCAAAGAACUUGUCACCAAAAUCAUUUCCUUUCAAGAAAGAGAAAAUAAGUCACCUCCAUUUCUACUUUCAUGACAUAGCUGGUGGCGACCAUCCAACCGCCGUUAGGGUGGCUGAGGCCACCGUCACCAACACCUCUGCUUCAUUGUUUGGUGCCGUGGUUAUGAUCGAUGACCCAUUGACGGUGGGUCCUGAAAGAACCUCCAGAAUCGUGGGAAGAGCACAAGGGUUGUAUGCAUCUGCUGACUUGGACGAAUUUGGAUUGACAAUGGUCUUGAAUUACGUUUUUAUUGAGGGCAAAUACAAUGGAAGCACUUUGAGUAUACUAGGAAGGAAUAAAGUGAUGUCGUCGGUUAGAGAGAUGCCGAUCAUCGGAGGGACAGGGCUUUUUCGGUUUGCACGUGGUUAUGCUCUUGCAAAGACUUAUUCUUUAAAUUUCAGCAAUGGUGAUGCCGUUGUUGAGUACAAUGUUUAUGUCAUCCAUUAUUGAUUUUCAUAGUGGAGGCUAAUUGUAACAAAGUUUUCACAAAUUUCUGUUUACUGUUUGUUUGUUGUAUUCUUCUUUUUAUUAUUGAAACCGUUUGUUGUUCCCCUGCUCGUUCAAGAUGAAAACAAUGAACGUCUUGUAAACAU